CCGGAUAAUGCAGGCAAAGAGAGAGUCAGAGCCUCAAGCUAAGGCUGCAAAGAUAGACGGCGAGUCGGAAAAAGAGCAAUCUGAUGAUUUGGCUUUGAUGUCGUUGGAUGGAUUUCAUAAUGUGAAGAUUUUACGUCAAGAUGUUCAUCACAAGACAAUGUUUGUACAGGCCAACAUUGAUGAACGUCCCGGUGAUGCAGUUGUUAUAGUAGAAAAAACUGCUUUUACAGAGGAGAAUGUCAAGAAGUUGUUGUCAUCAUCAACAAAAUUGAAAUUUAAAAUGUCGAACGACAUCUACAGACAGUACGAUGCAUAUCCACCUUCACUCUUGAAUUCACUUCAGACGACCGUCAUCUAUCCUGCGUCUGACGAGCUUCUGGCCAAGUUGGGAUCUCAGGAAUCGUUUAUGGUUGAAGAGACUCCACGUCUUUACGAGACAAUCACUAAGAAGUUUAUCGAGCAGAAGACAGAAGACAUGCAGUGGGUCUACAACAUUCUUGAUCAUAAAGCUGAAACUGAGAGAACCGUGUUUGAUGAUCCGGAUCCGGAAACUGGAUUUGUUCUUAUCUCUGAUCUCAAGUGGGAUGGGAAAACUGUGGAUAGUCUCUAUUUAUUGGGUAUAUGCUAUGCACGAGGGAUAAGAUGCCUAAGAGAUCUAUCAACACAACAUUUGCCAUUACUAAAGAACAUGCUGGCAAAGGGAAGGGCUGCCAUAGAAGAGCGGUAUGGUCUUUCGCCUCGAAAGGUCAAGGUGUAUGUUCAUUAUCAUCCAUCGUACUACCAUUUCCAUGUUCACUAUGUACACAUCAUGGUGAACCACCCUGGUGGUGUUGCAGGCCGUGCCCAUCUUCUUCAAGAUGUGAUCGAUAACAUAGAGCACAUCUCUACUUCCUACUAUCAAGAUUGUACACUUACGUUUUGUUUAAGAAGCCAAGAAGUAUUGUGGGAGAUGUUUGAGAAAUCAGGAAGUCUGAAGCAAUGAGUGAGCACAUUGGUUUUGUAGUGGCAUCUGUGUGUAUAGGCAUCUGAUCUGGUAGAUGCUUUUAUUUGCAGAUUGUUUAACAGUGUUGUAUUUGAUUGUUUAAUAGAUUUAUGCCCAUAUAACUAAAUGAUGGCAUAUUUUACAUUCAAGGUACACCAUACAGAGAUAUGACUGUAAUGGACCUGUACUAGAGCAUAGCUGCAAAUAGUUUAAGAUACCAUACUAG